AUGUACCAGGUCACCAAAGAAGACUUUUACAAAUUUGAUUACCUUCUCUGCAUGGAUAGAAGUAAUUUAUCAAACUUGAAUAGAAUUAAACCAGAAGGAUCGAAAGCUAUGGUUCAGUUGUUCGGCGAUUUCGAUCCAGAGGGUGAUCGCAUUAUUAGUGAUCCUUAUUAUGGAA